AUGUUUCCUCCAGAAAAACGGCCCAAGCUUGAGAAGCAAAUGUCUGCAUCUGAACUUAACAAUCCUGAUGUUGGCAAUACAGCCUAUUUUACUCCUCUACAACAGCAGACAAUGACCAAUGUUCCACAUGCACCACCGGCAACCAUGCAGCCUUUGUCCCAAGCUAACCAGAUGCAAAAUACUUUUGGUCCACCGCCCCCACCACCUCCAGCACCAUCAGCAUCUCCUGCAACUCCACCAGCGAAUCAAUAUGCCCAAUCUGCUGGUCUCAUGGUGGGUGUAAUGCCUUACGGAUAUGGAUCAAAUACUCUGCCACCUCCACCCCCCAUACCUCCACAUAUUUCAAUGGGUUUGUCGAGGCCAGGUCAGCCACAACAGCAGCAGCAGCAGCAGCAACAACAGCAACAUCAGCCUCAGCCUCAGCAGCAGCAGCAGCAGCAACAGCAGCUGCAGCCAGCUACUGGAGGUUAUUAUCGACCGCUGGGUAUGGGAUUCUAUGGGCAAAGUAAUCAGUCAAAUACACAGCCAGUACCUCGACAGUGA